AUGGGCACUGGCUUGUGGGCGGGCUCUGGUCGCUUCUUGGACAGAGGCAAGGCAGGGGAUCAUGAGCGAGGAAAGGAUCCUCUUGCGGGUUGCAGGCGCAGACAGGGGUACAACCAGACGGCAACCAGACGGCGACCAGCACUGGCUCGCAACUGUGUUUCGGCGUCUGCUGUGGCGGAGGCGACAAGAGCAGAGCAGAGCAGAACAGCCGGAGUGACGACAAUGAAGAGCAGCUCGUCAGGGAGAAAGGAGAAAGGAGAAGGAGAAAGCGAGACCAGUCAGGACGGAGGGCAGAGGUGUGGGAAUGGGAGUGGGCGUGGAGACAAAACAAUCGAGGGUGAACUGACAAAGGCAGUGAGUGAAGCGUGUAUCUACCGCAACGGCCAGGGAAGCUUUUUAGGUUUUGCUGGCUGGUGCCGGCAAUGGCUUCCUGCCCCAAACAGUCGGAUUGAAUUGGCUGCGGAGGGCUGCGACGGGCAAUGGUUGGUUGGCUGGCUGGCUGGCUGGCUUAUUGACAAAUGCACUCUGACCUGGAGGAGGGGCAGCAGCGCCGGAAAAAACGUUUCGGUCAAAGGAGACUGGGGAGCAGGAGCAGCAGCAGCAGCAGCAGGAAAUAUUCUAGAAAGCAAGACAAGAGAUGGCGAUGGCGACGGUCACAAUUCUUCUACAACUAGCUGUCUGCUGUCUACCCACUCCUCCUUCCUUUGUUUCACGCAUGACAUGCACUCUCACUGCAAGACCGCUGUGUCGCUCUAG